UAUUGUGGCGUAAAAGGACAAAUAUAAACUAGGUUGGGAUGUUGCAACAAUCUAUUUUAAGUCUCACUGUAAAAACCUUAAAUAGCGACGCUAGUUUUUAUUAGCUCCAGUGGUUUGCUAAGGCUGACCACACACAGGUAAAUAGACUGAACAUGUAUGGCGCUUUUCCAAUCAUUUUGCCACUCAAAACGCUUUACACUGGAGUCACAUUUACCCACAAACACACACACAUUUAUACACCAAUCAAUAGGUAACUUGGGGUUCAUUCAGUGCCUUGCCCAGGGGCACAUCGACACGUGACAGGAGGAAGCUGAAAUCAAACCUACAACCUUCCAGUUACAAGACAACUGCUCAACCCCACAGUCAAAUGGACAUAGGGAUCUAUUUUUAGCAUCAAUAGUUACCUUAGUUUAGCACAAACAUCAAUUAUUUAAUUAGCUGAUAUUUUAUUGGCUAAAUCACACAUAAGUCUGUUAGUUUUUGUCUGUGAAUGAAAUCAAGAGUCUAAAACAACCAAAACAGCAAAAAAGUUAAAGCUCUUCUCUUUUUUUGGUUCUGUAACGGAGUCAUUAUCUGAUUUCUGUUGUAACUCUCAGUAAUUCUCCACAUCCUGGAAAAACAAGCAGGUUUAGGCAGGUCUAAGAAAAACCUUACAGCUCUUCCUGGGAACGGAGGUGUGACGUUUUCCCUUUCGCUGUAUCCUGUAAAUACGUCUCUGUUCCCUCCUCCUCAGACGAUAAAUUGAAACUGAUCCAGUCAUUGUUACUGAGAGCUGAAAUGGAGCACAGAGGACUUCAGUUAGACCAAAGUAACUUCUCCUGUUCGAUCUGUUUGGAUCUACUGAAGGAUCCGGUGACUAUUCCCUGUGGACACAGCUACUGUAUGAACUGUAUUAAAACACACUGGGAUGAAGAAGAUCAGAGGAGAAUCCACAGCUGCCCUCAGUGCAAGAAAGAGUUCAUACCGAGACCUGAUCUGGAGAAAAACAUCAUGUUUGCUGCUUUAGUGGAGGAUCUGAAGAAGACUGGACUCCAAGCUGACCACUGCGCUCGUCAUGAUGAGGUGAUGAAGAUCUUCUGUUGCAUGGAUGAACAUAAAGGCCAUGAAACAGUUUCAGCUGCAGCAGAAAGGGCUGAGAAGCAGAAGGAGCUCCAGGAGAAUCGACAACAAAUCCAUCAGAGAAUCCAGGACCAAGAGAAAGAUGUGAAGCUGCUUCAACAGGAGGUGGAGGCCAUCAAUGUCUCUGCUGAUAAAGCAGUGGAGGACAGUGAGAAGAUCUUCACUGAGCUGAUCCGUCUCCUCCAGGAAAGAAGCUCUGAUGUGAAGCAGCAGAUCAGAUCCCAGCAGGAAACUGAAGUGAGUCGAGUCAAAGAUGUUCAGGAGAAGCUGGAGCAGGAGAUCACUGAGCUGAAGAGGAAAGACGCUGAGCUGGAGCAGCUCUCACACACAGAGGAUCACAUCCAGUUUCUCCUCAACUACCCCUCACUGCCAGCACUCAGUGAGUCUACACACUCAUCCAGCAUCAACAUCCGUCCUCUGAGACACUUUGAGGACGUGACAGCAGCUAUGUCAGAGCUCAGAGACAUAAUGCAGGACAUCCUGAGAGACUCAUGGACAAACAUCAAACUGAAGGUCACCAAGGUGGAUGUUUUACUGACAGAACCAAAGACCAGAGAUGGACUCUUACAUCAUUCAAAAGAGAUCACUCUGGAUCCAAACACAGCAAACAGGAAUCUGUUUCUAUCUGAGGGGAACCAAAAAGUAAUAAGGGUGAUGCAGCAACAGUCUUAUCCUGAUCAUCCAGACAGAUUCACUGAUUAUAAGCAGGUCCUGAGCAGAGAGAGUCUGACUGGACGUUGUUACUGGGAGGUGGAGUGGACUGGGAGAGGAGUUGGAGUAGCAGUUUCAUACAAGAGCAUCAGAAGAUCAGAAGGGUUUGGAUUCAAUGACAAAUCUUGGUCUUUAUAUUGCACCAAAGACGGUAACACAUUUUUUCUUGAUGACAUUGAAACUCCAGUAUCAGGUCCAGUUUCCUCCAGACUAGGAGUGUACCUGGACCACAGAGCAGGUAUUCUGUGUUUCUACAGCGUCUCUGAAACCAUGACUCUCCUCCACAGAGUCCAGACCAGAUUCACUCAGCCUCUGUAUGCUGGAGUUGAGCCUUACUCUCAUGGAGACGCUACUGAGUUCAUUAAGCUGAAAUAGUUGUCAGUGAUCUCAGGUCCAGUUGGUUAAAAUGUGUAUUUUAGUUUCAGUUUCUUUUAUCUCCGUCAUUGUUGUCAUUUCCUCACUGCUGAGUAAUUUUGUUGUCUUGUUUGUUGUUUUGGUGAUGUUGGAGUUUGUUUGGGUGCUGCCCCCUCCUGUUUCUGUUCUGUUCUGACACCUGCUACACAAAUAAACUUGACUUGA